AAUACCCCUUAAAUAAAUUCGUUCUGCAACUGUGGUCCAUCACACAAUGCCAACUCAAAUCGGAGAAUCCUCCUCCUCCGGUACCGGACCACCCAACACCGCCACAGAAGAUGCCGCCGGCCUACGCCGCCGUUUUCCCCUGGCAGCUCAGCCGGAGAUAAUGAGAGCAGCACAGAAAGACGACCAGUACGCUUCCUUCGUCUACGAAGCGUGUCGUGACGCCUUUCGCCACUUAUUCGGUACAAGGGCUGCUAUAUCUUAUCAGAGUGAGACAAAGCUUUUGGGCCAGAUGUUGUAUUAUAUAUUAACAACAGGGGCAGGGCAGCAGACUUUGGGAGAAGAGUAUUGUGAUAUUACACAGGUUGCAGGAUCAUAUGGACUUCCUCCAACACCUGCGAGGCGUGCCCUUUUUAUUGUUUACCAGAGUGCAGUUCCCUAUAUUGCUGAAAGAGUCAGCUCUAGAAUUGCUUCCCGUGGCAUGGCCUUGACUGAGUCAAUGUCUGAUGAUCUAGACACUUUUAGAAGCAGCAGUGAGGAUCAGUUAUCUAUGAUUCACGUCCCUUCACCUUCUCCAAGAGUUUCCAUAUCACCUCUCUCAAGAUUGAAAGAAAAAAUCGGUGGGAUAUGGUUGCACAUAGUUCAGAGAUGGCCUGCAGUGCUUCCCUUAGCUCGGGAGUCAUUGCAGCUACUUCUUCGUGCUAAUCUUAUGUUCUUCUAUUUUGAAGGUCUAUAUUAUCAUAUAUCAAAGCGUGCAGCAGGCAUUCGUUAUGUUUUUAUUGGAAAGCCGAUGAAUCAAAGGCCUAGAUACCAAAUAUUGGGUAUGUUCCUAUUGGUUCAAUUAUGUAUUAUUGCUGCUGAAGGGUUACGGCGUAGCAACUUAGCAUCCAUCACAUCUUCAGUUCAGCAUACAUCCUUAAGGGUCCACCAAGCAUCAGGAGGGAGAGGGCUACCUGUUCUAAAUGAAGAAGGAAAUUUAAUUACUGGGGACACUGGCAAGGGUUUUGGGGUAUCCGAGGCAGUGCCAACUUCAGAGUCUCAAUCAAGUGGGAUUAGCAAAUGUACACUUUGCCUUAGUAAUCGCCAAAAUCCAACUGCCACUCCUUGUGGCCAUGUGUUUUGCUGGAAUUGCAUCAUGGAAUGGUGUAAUGAAAAACCAGAAUGCCCUUUAUGCCGGUCUCCCUUGACUCAUUCAACCUUAGUCUGUUUAUACCAUUCCGAUUUUUGACACCCAGUUAUGCCACUAUGUGCCCAAGCCAGUGGAAAAAUGAAUCCUUAGUGACAAGUAUUGCUUUCACAAGGGAGCUACUUUGGAUUACUGUGAAGAUAUGCCAAGAAGCAUAAUGAUCAUCCACAGAUUUCUGGCUUUUAGCAUUGUAAAUCUCCAGUUGUUUCAGUUCUGCAUUAUAUUUUAUUUGUAAGCAUAAUGUCAUUUGUAGGACAGUUUUUUUUUUUUCUUUUCAAAAGGCUGUAGGACAAAAUGCUAGAGUAGAUUUUUUACUGCUAUGAAGCUGGUAAAAAUGGAAGUGAGCAAAUACAACCUUUACUGUGUCUCAUUUUUUGAAACAUCAAUGAAUAAAUUAUGCUACAUGGGUUACUCCAGUGAAAGCCUGGAAAAGUUGAUUAACGCAAGACUGGAGAAACAAAUCGUACAACCUACCAAAUCACAAGUACAGGACAACAAAUAAGCAUUGCACAACUAUCCAAGACCCUUCUGCUUCUGGAAUCUAUUCAAUGUUCACAAGUCUAAAUAAUGAUCAUUAUAAGAGAUGGGCAGCAUUUGGAAUCCUUUGCUUAUUUAAAAUACCAAGUUAAGGCUUCUAUGUUUCUUACUUUGGCAAGCAUUAGAUGAAUGGCACAUCAUAGACUUAUAACAUAUUGUAUUGUAACAUCAUAAUUUUAUAUACAUGAAAAAAUACGUUUUUUUUCCAUGGA